UCGCUACAGAUAAUUGCAUAAGCUUUUUUUUUUUCUUUUCAGACUGUUCCUUGAAGUUUCAGAGGCUGCCGGCUUUCUCAGACCUUACAGUUCCAGCCCCCCUCCAUGGCUUUUGUUCCAGGAUGGGAAUGUGGAGACUGCUGUUUAUCCCACUACUACCAGUGGUAUUUGCUAAAUUCCAGUUUUCCAUUCCACACCCCGAGGUGAGCGCCUCCCUCCACGCUGAUGUGGUUCUGCCUUGCAAGUUUUCUGUGAAAAACACUAAAAAUGGACUGAAGUUUGUAAUCAUAACUUGGAAACGAAAUGGCGUUCAACUGGCUCAGUAUAAGGCCUAUGCAGUACAAAGCACGAGCAGGACAGAGCUUUUGAUUAAUGAGCUCUCAAAAGGUGACGCUUCACUGCUUCUUAGGAAUGUCACCGUUUCUGAUGAAGGAGACUACGAAUGUGAAGUGCAUGAGGCUCCAAACACGAGAAGUGGCAAUGUGUUACUUAAAGUAACAGCUUCUCCUAAUGUCUUAGUGAAGCCAACUCUGUUGCUGGUGGAUAAGGAAAAUAUCCUGGUGUGUCAAGCGGAAGGUUUUUACCCAAGGAUUAUUUCCAUUGAGUGGCUCAAAGACUCCACUUCACUUCCAAAGCAGGAACCUCUUUAUUUUAAGGACAAUUCAGAUGGCACUUUCAGUGCAAUGAGUCACUACAACUACACUCCCACCAGCUCAGAAAUUGGUGGAAACCUGACAUGCCGGGUGACAUCUGGGUCACAGCUCAGACACAUGGUGGAGAUUCCUCUUAAGAUCUGCAAGCUGAAUAUCAAUGUAUCACCCAAAACCCUGAUGCACGGUAAGGAAGAGAAGGUCACUUGCAGGGUGGAUGGUUGUCACUUCAGUAAAGUCACUGUGAGCUGGAAAAGAAAUGAGAGAACUUUUACUGUGGUGCACUGUCAGGGAACGAAGGAGUGUGAGAGUGAAGCGACCUUCAUGAUGACAAAAGCAGAGGAGAAGGAGGUGGACUACUCCUGUGAGGCUGAAAUAGAAGGGCUUGGCAAGCCACUGAUUGAACGUGUCAUGUUAAAUGUACAAGGUGAAAAUAAGCCACUCCUUAUAAUAACAUGGAUACUUUCAGCCAUCACACUGAUAUUCCUUAUGAGUCUGGCAGUUUUAAUGGCAGGCUUCCAUUAUCACAACAAGAGCUUCAUCAUGUCAGAUAUUGAUGUCCCCCAAGUAAUCACAGUGAAUAAGGAAGUGAUUAUGACAUGCAGCUUCUCUGGUAAACGUUGGAAGUUUAAAAAGGCAGUUUGGAAAUGGAAAGCAGAAGGAAAGCAGUGGCAACAAAUCCAGUAUGAUGACAGUAUGCGCUCUGCACGGAGCAUUGAGUCCAUCCAAGGAAGAAGGACCUCUGAAGAAGAGCAGACAGGCACCCUGCUGAGCGAUCAGGAGACGAGCUCUGCCAACUUUUAGCCCAGUGAGGCUGAUGAAUGUCUGACUGUCCAGUGUCAAGUAACAGUGGUCUCAACUAUCACAGGGAGAACAUUGACCAAGAAAACAGAGGCUCAGAUCAAGGUGGUGGCGAGAGACACUAGCGAGGUGACAUAAUACGUAGUCCUGCUGUGUCAAAGAGGACUGAACCACAGAGCAGAUCCACCUGUAUUGUCCCACUGCUCAGCUAUGAAUAUUUUAUGUUUCAUCUUUAAAAUAUAAUUGUAGGUAGAAAUCAUCUCAUGGAGGACAUUCAGUUGAUUUUUUGAUGCAAUGCUCCUUCACCUUUACAUUCAGUCAAGACCUCAUUUUCAGAAAUGUGCCAUUAAAAAUCCAAGACCCCAGCUAUCUCUUUUUGUUACAGCUGGAAAGGAUUACAUUAAAACGGACAGGCUGAGUCGUUGUAGACCAGUACAGAUAGUUGUUAAGCAAAAUGAAAAAAUAGCAGAAACAAUACAACAAAACUACAAAGAAGCCAAUGAAGCAACACAUUUGUCCAAAAAAAUGUGAAACCAACUCAAAGAUUUUAUUAAAGAAAUCUACAAAGUAAAGACCACCAAUCAUUACCAAAAUGGAUCAGAACAAGGAACAUCCACCUACCUGCCUGAACUCUGUGGACAGUUGUACACCUUUAGUCAUAUGACAUGUAUAAUUCUUUAGCUUUAGUUUUACAUUUUCCAUCUCAAAAUGGAACAAAACAUUUGUAGUAUCAAAUUAAUAAACAUCUUCAUAUGAAAUCUUCAGCUUCUUAUGCAGUCUGUCCAAUGGAGAAAACUUCAAGAAACAAUAGACUGACAUGUUUCUUGCGGAGGUUGUUUCAAAUGACUGGGUGUGUCCAGACUUUGGACUUGUAGUGUACUUGGGAAGCAUAACAUGAUCAAAAACAUUCAAUAAAAAGAAAAAAUGUACAAAAGUUAUUCAAAUUUUUAUCUUCAAGAUUGAAUUUUUUUCAGUGUUGGGGUUACAAAAUACAAACCAGAGCCCUGUGACCUGAGGGGGAGCUACUAAGCCCCCAAGCACAACGGCAUUCACAAUGGUCAGUCAGUCAUUAUCCAUCCAUUCAUCCAUCCAUUAUCCAACC